AUAUUACAUAACAGUUGGCAGAGUGUGUGGAUAAAAUAGGCAGUGGUGGCUGAAACUUAUUUUCCCUAUAAAAUAUCUUAAGUCAGAAAUUCAUUAAAAUUGUGGAUAAAUAAUUUUAAAAACAAUAGUUUCACAUCCGCCAGAUACGAAGGCAAAGGAAACCCUGAAGUGUUCUUGCAACUACGCCUAGUGGCGCCCCAAAUCCAGGAAAAUUAAAGAAAGAGUAUAACGAAAAUUUUAACAAAAUACUGCUUCGAACAUUCCAUAAUAAACCGAAAAUGAUGUACCAACGCAGUUGAUUAAGAAAUCUCACAAAUAAAAUUAACACCAAUAAUAAAUACAUAUAAAAGCAUCAAAUAUAUAUAUUAUAUUCAUACUUAAUAAGCGUUUAAAACAUUAAAAUAAACUUUAAGCUACCAACAAAAAAAUAACAAUAGUUUAAAAGGACUAGCUUUAUAGGCAAACACCUUCCUAAAACUCAAGUGAAAAACGAUAUAAACAAAUUCAAGUAAAUACCAACAACUACAAACCCAAAAAAAAAAAAACAAUAAUAUAAUAAUGGCCGACAAAAAAAUUGGUGAAUAUUAUGCGCCCCCGCCAAAAAUGGGCAAAUGGGAGGGUUUCAAAAAAUUCCUAUGGAACAGUGAAACUAGCCAAUGCCUUGGACGCACCGGUUCCAGUUGGGCGAAAAUCCUCCUGUUCUAUAUAAUAUUUUAUGCGGCGUUAACUGGAUUCUUUGCUGCCAUAUUUACUGUAUUUUACACAACAUUGGACAAUGAAAAGCCCAAAUGGAUGCUUGACAACGGAUUGAUUGGAUCCAACCCAGGUCUUGGUUUCCGACCCAUGCCACCAGAGGCCAAUGUUGAGAGCACAUUAGUUUGGUAUGAAUCAUCAAAAGAAGAUAACUAUAAGUACUGGGUUGAUGAAACUGCUCGUUUCCUGAAAUAUCACACUUACGAGGAUCUCGAGAAACAGAAUCAAGUUAACUGCAGCUUCGAACAUCCUCCACCACCUGGCAAAGUUUGUGGCAUUGAUGUUGGCAGUUUCGCUCCGUGCACCUUUGACAAAAAUUUCGGUUACCAUGUGGCCAGGCCAUGCAUAUUCCUAAAGUUAAAUAAGAUUUACAAUUGGGUACCAGAAAUAUAUAACGAUUCUAAAACUUUGCCAAACGAAAUGCCUGAAGAACUGAAGCAGCACAUCAAGGAAAAACAAAGUCUGCGACCCAAUGAGACCAAUGUCGUUUGGGUAUCGUGCGAGGGUGAAAAUCCCGCCGAUGUUGAAAACAUCAAGGCCCGUGAUUAUUACCCACGUAUGGGUUUCCCACGUUACUAUUUUCCGUUCCAAAACAUCCAGGGAUACAUUCCACCAAUUGUCGCUGUGCAAUUUACUGUUGAAACUGGCGUUUUAAUAAACAUCGAGUGCAAAGCUUGGGCCCGCAACAUCAACCACGAUCGCUCGGAAAGGAGAGGAUCCGUCCACUUCGAGUUGAUGGUUGAUUAAGAAAUACGUUAAACAACACGCAGCCGAGAGGACAACAGCAUGCAACAGUAUCAGAGCAGCUGGAAUCGAGGAAGCAAUGUGAAACUGGUGGAGUGGGAGAAAGUGGAGAAAAUUAGAAAGAAAACAACAAAAAUAAGCAAAGUGUAGCCACAAGCAUAAACAACGGGUUUAUUGCAAGAAAAAUUGCAUUCAAGAUACAGCAGCAACCAAAGACAGAACUAAAAAAAAGAACAAGCUACAAAAAAAAGGAUUACUUAAAAAAUCUAGCGCUUUAAUGCAAAUAAAAAAAUAUAUAAGAACCUACCCAACGCUACCAACAGAACGCCCCACACGGAAUCUUAAAAAACUAAAUUUUUUAGAAACAUUUUAUUUAGUUUACCAUUUAGGCAAAAAAAAAAAAGUUAAAAUAAUAUUGGCAGUCCACGAAUAUUAGAGCAAAAUAUGUAUAAUCAGAAAAAUUAAAAAAAAAUGACAAAAAAAUAUAUAUAACCGUUGUUAAUACCGUUUUUAGACUAGCCACAUCAUGGCGGAAUAUUCGAACGCAUAAUAAAUGCGAUUGUAACCAAUUAAUGUUACAAAUGUUGUAUUUACAUCGACGCCUGAAAAAUUCAUUUUUUUGGAUUCCUUUGCCGCAUUUUAUUGCCUAAGCAGCACAACAAACAAUCGCAGGUGCAUUGCGAAAGCCACAAGAACUUUAAGUAAAAUUAAAAUUACACGAAAGUACUUUUAUUUACAAAUGAAAGUUAUUUUUCACUCCACUGCUAGUUUGAUGAAAAAAUAAUUACUUCUCCGAGGUUGAACUAGGAGAGUUGCAUAACAUUUAUCUAAGUACCUUUCCCCCUAUCUUCAGGUUACAUAUGGCAAACACUGCCAAAAAUUCCCAGAAAACGAUGUGGCCAGUAUAAAAGACGGUAAAAAGAGUUUUAUUUUGCUUUUUGAAAAUUGUUUUCGGGCAAGAAUCAAGAAAAACAAAUAAACGACAAAAGCAGCGAAUUAAACAUUGAAACUGUAUUCAAGUUAAAAGUAAAAAUAAUGAAAAUUGUGUAAAACUAUUGUUUUAAUUAAUAAAAAUUCAAUACACUUAUAAAUUGUACAAUUGGAAGACACACGACAACAAAAUAUACCAACCGAGUAUUGUUUUCUACCUAUAGUUUAUUUUUUUGUUGCAUAUGUAAGCAUGUUUUCCCAAAAUAAAAAAAAAAAAAAUAAAAAAAAAACAAAAAAAGAAUGAAAUAUUUAUUAAGAAAGCCCAAUUUAUAUUCAAUACUUAACAGAAUCAAAUAAAAAAAAAAAAAACAGAAAUUGCAACAAAAAUAGUUAAUAAACAAGAAUAUUAAAAAACGCAGAAAUGGAAAAAAUUAAAAAACUUGAAAAUUUAAAGAAGAACUCCGAUUUCAAUGGAAUAAAUCUGACAGAAGUAAACAGAUUAUGAAAAUGAUUGAAUAAAAUGCUGUUCAAGAAUAAAAUUGAAGCACGGAGUAACUGGUUACAAUAAAAAUGAUAAGCAUUCGAAACGAAAAUAUUAUGUUCACACAACCACAAGCCCUAAAAAUAAUAAAUUGAAAUAAUUCAAAUAAAUAAAACACCAAAUCCGUUUCCAUGUCAUACUAUGUUUUGCAGCUAAUCCAAUUCAGAGGAAGACCAAAAGGAUACUACUUCUAGGGGGACCCGCCCCCCGUCUUUCACAUGCCAUUCAGUUACUAUCUCUUCAGACACAAAGUGGCAGCGAAUCUUAGUGGAUACGAUUACGAUUAAUUUUUACUUACAGAUACAAACUGCAGACUCGAUACUAAGCAUAACAGGCACUGUUUAGUAAUAUACCAACUCUAAAAUCAAGCUUUUUAAUUUACCUAAAUAAAGAACCCUAACAAUAGUUCUUAAAUAGGAAAACCAAUGCCUAAUAAUUAACCCCUUUUUUCCAUCCACUUAUAUAGCGUAAUAUGUAAGAGAAUAGCAGAAUGAAGAAAAUAAAUUAAUGUUAUACAGUUUGAAAGUUUUGUCAGAAUAAAAUAACUAAAUACUUAAAUAAUAAAACCGAAAUAAAUUUAAUAAGAAAUAGAUAAAUGGAAAUGGUUAAUGAAUAUUAAAAUAUAUUAAAAAGUAAUAAUGCAUACUUUCAUGAAAUGAAGUUUAGAUGUAAAUUACCACAGCUUAAGAAAAUUACAAAAAUAGAUAAUGGGGCCUCUAAUUAAAUCAGAGAACACUUUAGGAUCUUUUUACUAAAUAGUUUUUUACAAAUUCUGUUGAUGAAAGUAAAGUUGUUUUCUUAUUGCCUCAAAUAUCCAUAUAAUUCGAAAGUACUUCAAACACAUUUUGUUGUUACGAGAAAACGAAGCUAUGAAAAAUUGUUUGGAUAAUGAUUAGUUUAAUGUUUUCUAUGAUUAAGCAAAAUAACUAAAAAUGAAGGAAAGAUAAUUAGUUAAGUAGUACAAUUAAUUGCCUGCAGAAUAUGAUGUCACAAGGAAAUAAUAAAUUACUGAAGGGAGAUCUUUAAAAUAGGAUGUUUCUUACAAACGCGGGCAAUCGCAGGCAGAGAACAAAUUACAUUUAAAUUCUAAUAUUCUGGUUCCCAAGACCUCUAUAAUUUUUUGUCAGAAUAUCACAUUAUUAUAGUUACAAAUCAUUUUUUAUAUUAUAUGUUACAUGUUACUCCCCCGGCAAAGUGUUCCCAAAACCGCCGAUAAUAUUAAUGGGUUAUCUGGGGUAAAACAAAAAAACAAACGAAAAACUUAAAAGAACUCAAAACAAACCAAAAAAAUUAAAACAUAAAAGAUAUAAAAAAAACUGCCGUAAACUGUUAAACCUUUAAAUUCCAAAAUUUAAUUUUUUUUAUUCAUAUUUACCUUGCCGAUUUGCGGUUGCCAGACAGGUCUUAAUAAUAGAAAUCACUAUAGAUUCUUACUCAUCUUUAGGCGGCAACAACUAGCACAUAAUUAAAAUGAAUUAUAUUUAACAAGCAUGUAUAAAAACUGCCAUUUUUUACACGAAGUGUACGUAAAAAUAAAAAACCAUAAGGUAAGACAAACAUAAAACAUUUAACCGUUUUUAUGUGUAAACCCAAAAACCAACCGCAACCGUGACGUCAAUAAAUAUUUCGAAAACACCUUAUGUACAAUUUCUUGUCAGACUUGUCGGACAAAUUUUGGAAUAUUGAUUUCCGUCUUGACUUGGACUUGGACCAGCUUCGAAUCUAUAUUAUUUUCCUUAUGCAAGACCAUUACAUUCUUGGGUCAUGUAUUUUUGGUCUUUAGUUCAUUGGAUCUCCCUCAGAACAAGUGACACUACGGCGUAUAUUCCAAAUCGAAUAGUUUUGUCAAAUUUAACAAAUUUACGAGUCUUUACAGUAAUAUGUUGACCUUAAUUUAAUUGGAUUUUGGUUUAGACAUUUACCAAUGAAACAAAAUAUAAAAAAAUGGCAAAAUAGCGGCAAUAGGAAAAUAUUAAAUAGAAAAAUAAGAGAUACAAAUGUAUUUAAAGUAAGUCUUAAAAAUCUAAGGCAACUAUAACAUAACGACAUAUAUACAUGGAAAUAUAUGCAAUAUGUUAUAAUUAAUAGAACAGAAACAAAGUUAAUUACAUUUAAGUGCAUAAAAUUUAGAUUUUAGUUGAUCACCCUCACACAAGAACAAAAAUAUGAAAAAAAAAACAAACAAUUACACCCACGAUACAGGGGAACUUUGGAGCAGCUUAAUAACUUCAGUUUUAAAUAAUGUAUUUAGAAAAAAAUUGCAAGCUCUAAUAAAUAGUAACUUAAAGUAAAAAAAAACAAAAA